AUGCCACCCACUCCACCACCGACCCUUCCGCCAACUCCACCACCCACAACCACAACAAUGGCGCCAAUCACCUAUCCUACCGUGCCCAUCACUUACCAGCCAAUCACGCCUACUCCAACUCCUUACUACGAUCAGGAUCCAUGCCAACAGUGUAUGGGAGCAUGUAUGAACGAGUGCGCAGCUGCGGGACAGCCUCAGCAACAGUGUGAAGAGGCUUGCGCUCGAAAUUGGGCGCGGCUUGCCUCAGAAAUUGAUGGUCUUAUUCUUUACAGUACCCACAAGAUCCGUGCAGCCAGUGUCAAACAGCUUGCAUGGAAGCAUGUCAACAACAGGGUGGAGAGAACUGUCAACAACAAUGUGAUGUACAAUGCCAAUCAGUUUGCGGAACUACGACUACUCAGCAAGUUUGCAUGCCCGCAUGCCAACCAUCUUGUGCUGUAUCGUGCAUCCAAGGACAGCCAGCAAUACGACCAGUCGGUUAUCAAUGUACUUUUGGCAAAUUCCUACAAUUACAACCCAGAAAAAUACGUUGUGAGCGAAGGAGACGUCGCACAAGCUUACACAGGGGAAAAUCACUCGGAAGAAGACUUUGCUUGCUGGUGA